AUGAGCGACUUUGUUGAGGUGGACAUUCUCGUAAUCGGUGCAGGAAUUUCCGGCAUUUGUGCAAGCAAGCAUUUUUUGGAGUUUCAUCCAGAAGCCCGAUUGGUAAUCAUUGAUAGAGACACUUGCGUCGGUGGAACCUGGAAUGCGCGAAGAGGUUACGAUAGUUUCUGGACCCAAUGGAUGGUAGGAACAGCCGAGUUCUCAGACCAAGAAAUGUCGAGACCACCGGACGAAGACCUUUACAAAGAAUUUUUCAAGGCUAAGCAUACAACAAAAUAUCUGGAAAGUUAUAUUGAUACACAUAAAUACGAUGGCAAAAGUCUUCGUGACAGGAUUCAAUUCUCGGUCGAAGUUAGAUCAGUUUCCAAAAAGGAUGGUUAUUGGACUGUCUUGGCCAGCGAUCGAGGCAACGAGCAGCAGCAACACACUUUCAAAACCCCGAAACUAAUAGUUGCAAGUGGUUUGACUUCAAUCCCAAAUAUGCCUUCAUUGCCGGGAAAAGAAAGUUUUGAAGGUCAAAUACUCCAUCAUGAAGACUUUGGUUCGUCUGACCUUUUGACCUCCCCAAAACAGAAUAUUACUAUUCUUGGAGCUGGAAAAUCGUCUGCAGACAUGGUUUACGAAGCAGUGAAGGCUGGAAAACAAGUAUCAUGGGUUCUAAAAGCUACAAAUACGACGGGUCCAGGCUUCUUUGUUUCUCCAGAUGGAAAAGGGCCUUAUAAAAAUGCAUUCGAAAUAAGCUUAACAAGAAUAGCAGCUACAUUUACACCUUCGUUUCUGAAUGGAAUGAAUAGAUGGACGAAACUUCUCCACUCAUCCGAAUAUGGUGUAAAGAUGAUGAAAGGCUUUUGGGGGACCGUAGAUGCGGAUGCGCGAAAGUCUGCAAAUUUCCAACGAAAAUGCCUACAAAACUUUGACAAGUUAGAGUCGAGCUCGCCUCUUUUCUGGCAAAAUUGCGCCGCUGGACUUCUCAACCACGCAGACUUUUUUGACAUCGUUGCCGAAAAUGUUCGUAUCUUUGUUGGAGAUAUUGAAGAUUUAAAGAGCAACAGUCUCCUUCUCAAAACCGGCGAGGAAAUACCCUCCGAUGCUAUCUUAUGCGGUACAGGCUGGGUGCCUUCGCUGCAAUACUUCACACAAGCGCAAUGUCAAGAAUUUGGUUUACCUCAUAUUUUAGACCAUGAAGAAGCAAAAGAUGAACAUGCUCACUGGGCGAAACUGGAGGCGGAAGCAGAUGUCCAAGUCCUUGCUACCUUUCCCCACCUCCAAAGUCCUCCUGAUCAUUACCAAAAGACUGCAACCCAUACUCCAUACCGUUUAUACCGACAUAUGGUUCCUAUAUCGGAGUCUUCUAGCAGUGAGAAAGAUGACCGCUCAAUUGUUUUCCUAGGCCAAAUUGUGGUAGGAAAUUAUUUUACUACCUUGGAGUGUCAAUCACUUUGGGCAGUAACAUAUUUGGAUGGGAAGUUGGACUUGCCGUGUAAAAAGGAGCAAGAAAAAGAUAUUACUCUGUUUACAGCGUGGUCUCGACGUCGCUAUCUGAGCAAUGGCCAGGAAGGAAAUAAUUUGAUCUUCGAUUUCAUUGGUCAUAUAGAUACGCUUUUGAAGGAUCUCGGUCUUACUAGUCAUCGAAAAGGUUGGUUCAAAGAUUUGUUUGCGGCUAUGUGGGCUAAAGACCUGAGGGGCUUACAAGCAGAAUUGUGGAAGAAGUUCGAGUAUAAUGAUACCGUUAAAUUGAUUUAG